AUGGCAAAAAUUGAGAUAAUAGAAUCGCCAUUCGAAAGUCUUGAUCUUGCUGAAGACCAACGUUCGAAUAAAAUUUUCUCUUCAAUAUUAAAAACACUAUUGGUUAAUGAUAAUCGUUAUAUGACUGCAAAGGAAAUAGUAGCGGGAAUACAUAAAUAUGAAUUUACGAGACUCGGGGGACUUACGCCGCAAGCUACCGUUCAGGGUAACAUUUCUACAGCUAUUUCUAUGGCAAUAUCAAAGAAGCGUCCAACUCCAAUUGAAAAACGUAAAAUGGAGCCAACUGGAACGGGUUAUCGAAUUGCUCGGGCUUUAUUUCCUCAAGAAUCAAAAUUUCUUUCUCUAAUGGAUUCGGAUCCUCCGGAUCCUUCCCCAAGUAUCAUUAAGAAAAAGAUUCGAAUUAAAGUUAAUAACCGAAAGAAAUCAAGAGUACAUAGAAAACCCAAGAAUGGAAAUAUACGAUCUUAUGAUAGUAAUUCUGAUUUCGAAGAACGAAUCUCAAAAAGAAGGGGUAUAAAAGUAUCCGAAGAUAAAGUACCCGUAGAUAAUGUCAUUGUUGAUUUGUCUUCAGAAUCUUUAGAAGGGAAUGAAAUCGAUGAGCACAACUCAUCAUUUUUGAAAGCAAAUGAACCAUCGGAUUUUAAGAUUGAUAUGUCUAUCAAUCCAAUUUCAUUUGCUAUUGCUCAAGAGACUGGUUAUUCUUAUCCUCGAUUUAGAAGUAGCCCUAGAAGGAGAUAUGCAAAGACAAAAUGUGAAGAUGCAUUUUGUGUUAAAGAUUUAUAUCAUUUAGAUGGUUCAUUCUUAUGUAGAUUAUUUUGUUUAGCAGAUGGUCAUGGAGGUUCGGGAUGUUCAGCAUUCUUAACAACUCGAGUUCCGGAUUGUGUAGAAAGUAUGUUACGUCUUUAUGAGCCAAACCAAUUAGAUGAUUAUUAUGAACAAGAAAAAUUUAAACAAGAUAUGACUGAUUUAAUCAGAGGUCUUGAUGAAGAAUAUUUGAAUGCUAAACGAGAGGAAUACCGCAGUUGGCAGGCCCACGAUGUUUCAGCAGAACCAGUUGAUGAUGGAGCAACACUUGUUAUAAAUUUAUUCUUUGGUGAAUGGUUCAUCAAUAUAAAUGUUGGAGAUUCACGAACCAUUCUUGCAAGUAAAUCAAAUGACAAGUGGAUUGUUGAUUUCGCAAGUGAAGAUCAUAAACCUUUCCUUGAACGUCUUGCAUUAGAAAUAUUCUCGAACGGAGGGAUUUUUGUGGAUAGUCAAGACAAACCUAUAAGAUUUGAUCCAUCACCUCAAGAUCGACCAAUUAGAAUGAAUUUGAAGAAUGCACGUAUUAGAUUACAAAAUGCUGAUAAUGAUCUCGGAGUGCCAUAUAAAAAAAAUAAUGGAAAUAAUUGGUCGCUCAAUGUUGCGGCAACUUGUGGAGAUUUACUUUUCAAAUUGAAUCCAUCUAAACCAGUGAUAAAUUGUGUACCUGAUAUUUAUUUCAGUAAACUUGGAGAAAUUCCGAAUCCAACAGAUAAACGAUUUAUAUUGAUGAGCACUGAUGGACUAUUUGAUCAUUUAUAUCUUUCAAAAGCGGAUAUGCAAAAUCAAGUAAUUUCUACACAUGUAGGUACAAAGCUUGACUCUGGAGAACAUAUCAAAAACAUUGUCAUGCACCUUUGUAAUAGGGAGGGUGAUCCAAAAAAUCCCGAGUACUGCAAUUUUGAUGUUAUAGUUGUUGGUGGUGGGCACGCUGGUUCAGAAGCUUGCGCUGCUGCGGCUCGAGUGGGUGCUAAAACUUUAUUGGUUACACAAAGACUUGAUACUAUAGGAAUAUUAAUUAGAGAAAUAGAUGCAUUAGAUGGAUUAUGUGGUAGAAUUUCUGAUUUAGCAGGAAUCCAAUUUCACAUUUUAAACAGAUCAAAAGGUCCCGCAGGUCCAAGAGCUCAGAUAGAUAGAAAGUUAUAUAAGAAACAUAUGCAAGAAUGUUUAUUUAAUUAUCCUAAUUUAAAAAUAAAAUCCGAAAGUGUUCAAGAUCUUGUUAUUGAAUAUAAUCCAUUAAUUUCGAGUGGACCAGAUAAUGAAAAAAUUUAUGGAGAAGUUCGAGGAAUCAAAUUGGGAGAAAUUCAUAUAGGUAGAGUAAUUUAUCCGGCAGGAAGAUUUGAAGAAGCUCCAUCAUUGGGACUUUCUAGAACUUUAGAAUUGGCCGGGUUUAAACUUGGGAGAUUGAAAACAGGAACACCACCAAGAUUAGAUGGUAAAACCAUAAAUUAUACAAAUUUAAGAAAACAAAUUGGAGAUAUGCCAGCUACACCCUUUUCUUAUCUUCAUACUUCUGUUCCACAUGAGGCAAAUCAAGUAAAUUGUUAUCAAACCAGGACAAAUUCAAAUACCCAUAAAAUUAUUAAAGAUAAUUUAUCUCAAUCAAUUCAUAUUCGGGAAACAGUAAAAGGUCCAAGAUAUUGUCCAUCAAUUGAAUCGAAAGUCAUAAGAUUUACAGAGAAAAAAUCUCAUAUCAUAUGGCUCGAGCCUGAAGGUCUUGAUACUAACGUAAUUUAUCCAAAUGGAAUAUCUGUAACAUUGCCUGAAUCUAUUCAAUAUCAUAUGCUCAGAACAAUCGAAGGAUUGGAAAAUGUAGUAAUGGAACUAAAACCGACUUUAGAAACUAAUCGUGUUAAAGGGUUAUAUUUAGCGGGACAAAUUAAUGGAACCACCGGAUAUGAAGAAGCUGCAGCGCAGGGUAUUAUUGCUGGAAUAAAUGCCGGUCGUGCAGUUCAAAAUCUAACACCAUUUAUACUUAGUCGAGCGGAUGCAUAUAUUGGUGUGUUGAUAGAUGAUUUAAUAACAAUGGGAGUUGAAGAACCUUAUCGGAUGUUUACAUCUCGUUCGGAGUAUCGUUUGUCACUUAGAUCUGAUAAUGCCGAUGUAAGAUUAACACGUAAAGGUUAUGAAGCGGGAUGUAUAUCUGAAUAUCGUUGGAAAUGUUAUCAAGAAACCGAAGAACAGCUUCGCAAAGGGACAGAAAUAUUACAAAAGUAUUCAUAUUCACCACAAAAAUGGAAUUCUUUGGGAAUUCGUGUUGUCCUCGAUGGUGUUAUUAGAAAUGCUAUAGAUAUAAUUGGAUCUCGUCAUAUAACUAUAGAAGAAUUGACACGAAUACUUCCUGAAUUAUCAGAAAUCAAAAAUUCCGUACAUAAAAGAUUAGCAAUUGAAGCAAUCUAUAAAGAAUAUCUAGAGAAACAAGAACUCGAAAUACAAGCAUUUAAGAAAGACGAAGAAAUAAUAAUCCCUGUUGAUUUAAAUUAUGAUACACCUAAUACUCUUGUAAGCUAA